GGAACCCCAAAGGGCAAAGCAGGAUCCACUUUCAAGUUCCAACUUCCAAACGAACCGCUCCACUGACCUGCCUACGACCCGCCCGUGCUCAUUCUUCGCAUUUUCCUCAAGACCAAAAGCCGACGAUCGCCUCCCCGCGCCAUCUCUAUAUAAGCCAGCGACCCAGCGCCUCCCAUCACACACUUCCUCCACGCUUCCUCCCCCGAGCUACGACGACGACCAUCGACUAGCCAGCCAGCUGCUCCUCCGCGCAACCCAGCGGCGAAGCUCGUGAGCUCAGCUCUCUCCCGCUGCCCGGACAUGGCGGCGAGAAGGCUCCUCGAGGAGGCGGCGGCGGCCGGCGUGCCGCAGGACUCGCUCAACUCGGACCUGGUCCUCAUCCUCGCCGGCCUGCUCUGCGCGCUGGUCUGCGUACUCGGCCUCGGCCUCGUGGCGCGGUGCGCGUGCUCCCGCCGCUGGGCCCGCGCCGCGGACGCCGCCCCGCCCGGCGCCAACAGGGGCGUCAAGAAGGAGGUGCUGCGCGCGCUGCCCACCGUCAGGUACGCCGCCGACGGCGGCGAGGCGUCGGAGGCGGACGAGUGCGCCAUCUGCCUCGCCGAGUUCGAGGACGGCCAGCACAUGCGGGUGCUGCCGCAGUGCAGCCACGCGUUCCACGCGGCCUGCGUCGACGCCUGGCUGCGCUCGCACUCCUCCUGCCCGUCCUGCCGGCGGGUGCUCGUCGCCGAGCUGCCGCGCGGCGAGCGGAGCGGCCGCUGCGGCGCGCGGCCCGGCGGCCUCGACGCGCUCCUCAAGGCGGUGCCGCUGUGCCGCUGACGUCGCUGUAGCUCCGCAUUAGUGGCGUGCGCACUCUGGACGAAAGGCCAAGGGAAAAGUGUGUCGAGGGAAAUUAGCCGGUGCAUAAGCUCACCGGCUAGCUUCUUAUUUACCUUUCUCUUGGCUUGGGGGCCUGCUGGGUGUUGAUUCUUUCUAGGUGUGGCUACUCUGGAAAUGGGAACCAUUGAGCAUGAAGGCGUGUGUACAUACAUAUUUGAUGGGGGGAUUUGUGAUUGUAACCUAUUUGUACAUAUGUGGAAGUUGCUAUAAAAACAUGCACUUGGCUUGAA